AUCCUGUGAAGGCGUAGAAUAUAUCCCGAACAUUGACAAAGGACUUCUCAAGACAAAGGACAAGGACAAAACUAAAACAUCUUUGGAAAAAGUAAAAGAUGAUUUGCAGAAUCUGAAGUCCAAAAUGCAAAAUGAAUUGAAGAAGUUGAAUGUGCAACGAGACGGUAUACUGGAUGACAUACAUGUGUUUAAGAAACGCAUUAUAGCCACACUUGAAGAGUUGGAGAAAAAAUCAAUAACAGAUGUACAGGACAAGCAUAAAGAGAUUACAGACAAAAUAACUUCUAGCAGCAAGAAAAUCGAUGAUAUACUGAAAGAUGUGUCACAGCAACUUGACAAGCUUAAACAAUUUAGAAGUAACAAUGAAGCUCAGCUUUUUGUAGAGAUUAAGGUUGGUGAAGAGAAGAUUUCAGAGGGAAAUGAUUGUGUCAGACAAGUUGCUGCCAAAAGUAUGGAAACUCUGGUUUUUGAGGUGAACAGAAGAGUAGAGACUUGUCUAAGUGAGGUACAGACGAUUGGUAAACUAACCGUUAGGGCUUCAGACGACAAUGUUGGUCUUAAAAAAUUUUCAUCAUAUAAAGAAAAGAAACAUAGUGAUGAUUUGCCUCCGGUACCUCAAGAUAGAAACGAACCAUUAAAAUGUAAAAAGUGUGGGAUGACAUAUUUGAACACUACGUUUUUAAAGAUGCAUAAAGUGAUGAGUGGAUGCUAUUAAAAAGAAACCAUCAUACUAUAAUAGACAUUCAUGACUAUAAAUAUGUUAUGAUAACUUCUGUCACUCGUCAUCUUCUAUUUCAAAGCAUAUAUACUAAACUUGAAAAUAUAUCUUUUGACGAUAACCUUAUCGAAAAACUAACAGUAAUCAACUGUAUUGUUCUUUCAAGUUUGAAUGCAAUGAUUUCAGGUUAUAUCUUAGCUUCGUUUUCAGUUUGUAGAAAUCCUUGCACUUGUCGUUCUAUUGUUUUCACCUUUGAAAUGCUUUCUUUUUGCCUGACGAAACCCAUGAUCUUAUCCAAUGAAAGUAUGGUCUUCUUGAUGGAUUUCUCCACAAGACUACAAUGUCAUUUCCACUGUAUGCCCCUCCCAUACCAUCUUAUAAUAUGCUAGAUAGGCAAACACCUGUCCUAAAGGCCAUGUUCACAUUUACAUGAACGUAAAAAUUUUGAAAAACGAUACAAGAUUUUCACGCCCCAAAGUAUAGGCAGUCAGAUUAGUAGAACUUCACCUUAAAAACUUGUUCGUAUUAUCUUUGAUAUACACUGUAAACCGUGUUCAGAACUGUCGAGAAACAAUGAACAUUUAAUCAUUCAUUUCCUUCCUAAUUAUACAUGUUGAGUGCAUUAAAAUCUAUAAGAAGAUCCUUUUUUAAAGUAUUGAAGGUGAAUAAGCAAAAUAGUAGCAGACUCAGGUUUGAGUGUUCAUUUAUUAUAUUAUAUUAUAUUAUAUUAUAUUAUAUUAUAUUA